ACCUGUGACAGCCGUAAGCUAACGGCUUCAGACAACUUCCCUAGUCUUGCGCGUUAUUGCUUGCCGUAGCCAAGAAAUGAUGACAUUUAGCGUAAUCUUUGACCCCCGCCGCCAUCGCCAUACAUUUUGUUGACAGUGAACUGAUCAACCAACCCUAGCGCUAGCAGGCGGUCAUUGAGGGUAGAAAAACUGGAGCUAGGCCUAUUGCCAGGUCGUACUUCUCACUGUUCAUCAUGUCAGCAGCAACAGCCUAAAAUCUAAGGAACAGGGUUGAAAUGUGGGAAGAUUGACUUGACAGUGUUUUAUACUAGACUUGGUCAAGUUUAGAGUAAGACAUCAUGACCUUUGGCCUCCUCAUGACGUAACUGAGAACGUGUGACUGUCUUUACCAUAACCAUGCAAGAAGUGCCGGUGCGUGUUGCCGUCAGGGUGCGUCCGUUCCUUCCGCAAGAGAAGUUACAUCAUCACGAGUCCUGUGUGCGUGUGGUUCCCAAGACCAACCAGGUUGUCGUUGGAAGGGACCGUGCGUUCACGUUUGAUCACGUUCUGUCAUCCAAGACCAAUCAGGAGGAGGUGUACAAUGUCUGCGUGAACAGUUUAGUUGCUAGUUUUUUUGAGGGUUACAAUGCUACAGUCUUCGCCUACGGACAAACGGGUUCUGGUAAAACCUACACAGUUGGAGGACACACCGCAGCCACCCUGACGGAAGAUGAACAAGGAAUCAUCCCCAGAGCUGUUCAACACAUGUUCAGCAUCAUUGAGGAAAACCACAAUGUCGAUUACAACCUGAACGUGUCUUACAUUGAGAUCUACAAAGAGGAGCUCAAAGACCUGCUGGAUUUGGAGACUAACAGUAAAGAGAUGCACAUCAGGGAAGAUGAGCAUGGAAACACUGUGGUGAUAGGCGCCACUGAGGUAUCAUGCGAGAGCCUAGAUGAAGUCCUGAACUGCCUAGCCAUUGGAUCGGCUCACCGACACACCGGAGCCACUAACAUGAACGAAGUGUCUAGCCGCUCUCACUCCAUCUUCACUAUGGCAUUACAGCAACGUUGGGAAGACCCAGCCAACAUCCAGGGCAGGGAACCAGCGCCAGACGAGGACCAGCCUGAAGCGAGCGUGCACACCACGGCAGCCAAGUUCCAUUUUGUGGAUCUAGCGGGGUCAGAGAGAGCCCACAAGACUGGCAAUGCUGGUGAAAGAUUCAAAGAGUCUGUUCACAUCAACAGCGGUCUUCUUUCCCUGGGUAACGUCAUCAGUGCCCUGAGCGAUCCCAAGAGGCGGGUGUCUCACAUUCCUUACCGAGACUCCAAGAUCACCAGGAUCUUGAAGGACUCGCUGGGAGGCAACGCCAAGACGUGCAUGAUUACCUGCAUCAGCCCCUCGGCCGUCAACUUUGACGAGACCCUCAAUGCGCUCAAGUAUGCCAACAGGGCACGCAACAUUAAGAAUAAGCCGAUUGUGAACCGAGAUGUCAACUCGUGUCGUAUCGCCGCCAUGCAGACAGAAAUCGAGGCAUUGAGAGAGGAGUUACAGAGGCAUCAAUCAGCCAAAUCCAAUCGUCACUACGAAGAUGCUGAUUCACAGAGAGUCAAGGAUCUAGAGGGCAGCAUUAUCAGGUUGCGAACCCAGUCGGCCCACUACCAAGUCUGCACCGAGGAGGCUGUCAAAUUACUCAGUGUUCUCCAAGACAAUGAUAGUCUGACGGAAGAUGAGGUCACCGCCAUCAGGAAUUGGUUAGAUUUAGCCCAGGAAGCUGUAGACGCUAACAAUGACAUGCAAACAAUGGUGCUAGGCAAUCAACAGGCUGCGAUCGAAGACUUACAACAGAAAUUGAAAAAGGCACUUGAUGAUCUUGCCAGCGACGAAGAGAUCUUCAGUGCCAAGACAAAAGAGAACAACGAUCUGCUGGCUAGAAUCAAGGAACUAGAAAAAUUGCACAACGAAACAACGAACGUGGUUGACUCUGAACCAGCGGAGGACAACUAUGAAGCUCCUCUAACUGGACGCAGGAGACCAAUGUCAGUACCAGCACAUCUGUCUGGUUUCAGGAGGGCCAAAUCAGCGGCUGAUGGAGAGACUCUGCAAGUAGAUAGGCCACCGUCUAGGAAGUUACACACCAGCCCACCGUUGUUCUCGUUGGAGCGAAUUGUACAGGGCUUCAGAGCCAGAAGUCACCUCAUUCUGAAACGGCUGGAGGAGCAAGAUGAAGUGAUGCAGUGGGAGCACGACCUCAGCUUUCUUUGCUUUCUUAUCAGGGUCUUGGGACACACAUGGAGUAAAUCCAGCCUGUCUCGGAAGAAGUCUGAUUCUAAACAGAGUGACUCUGCAAGUCGAUUAUCCAGUACUGAGAGCACCAAAGGGUUUGGAGGGACGAUGACCAAGACAUCGGCCGCUAGUUGUCUGAAGGAUCUCCCUUACAUCGGGUCUCAAGAGAUGGAAGCCCUGCGAUCGAGCACCGUGGACUAUCAGCACAAGGUCCGGGAAUCUAAAUUGAGGGUACAGGAGGCCCAGCAGAAGAUGAGAGAUCUGGCACUGAACAUCAGGUUGAAGGAGGAAUUGAUCCGGGAAUUGGUGAAGACCGGCAGGGAAGCAGAGACGGCCAAUAAGAAGUACACAGAACGAAUCAAGCAACUGGAAUUGGAAGCGCAGAAUGCUAAGACAGAGCUCCACGAUGCCCAAGAAGCGCUGCAUCGUCUGGAAGCCAAGGAACAUCAAGACACACAAGACAAAGACAAACUCGGCGAGGAGUACCGACGGAAGAUGGACAAGGCCAGGAACCGCAUGAAAGAACUUCAACGCAAGCAACACGACACGGAGAAGCUGUUGAAAGUUCAGAAUCAGAGUGACAAGAAAGUGACGGAAUUGGAGCUUGCCGUGGGCCGAAUGAAACAACAUCAAGAGCUGCUGCAGCACCGUCUCAAAGAAGAAGCCGACAGGAAACUCAAACUGGAGAAAGAAAUGCAGAAGGACCAACAGAGGAUCAGGGAGCUGGAGAUUCGAAUGGAGCAACAGCAGAAGAUACUCAAAAGGAAAACGGAGGAGGUUGUACUUGCCCAACGCAAGCUUCGUCAGGGUAGCGCCCACAGCGAUGAGCACGCCAAGCUUGACGAGCAGAAGAAAUGGAUGGACCAAGAAGUGGAGAAAGUACUGGAACGUAAACGCAGAGUCAAGGAGUUUGAAGAAGAGCUUGCCAAACGUGAAGAGAUAGUUGCCAAAAAGGAACAGCUUCUGAGAGAAAAAGGCGAGCUGGAGAUGAAGAGACUGCGCUCCAGUCAAACACUGACAAAGGAUUUGAAGGGGUUGUCCUCGCGGAUCGAGAGUGUGGAUAAACAACUGGAGGAGAGACAAGAGGAUCUGCGCGUCAGCGUGGAAGCCGUCCACGGAGACAUCACGGCAAACAUCAAGGCUCUCAAGCAAGACAGAGAUCGUCUUAUAAAGCAGAGAGACGUCCUUGAUACCAAACUGGGACAAGGUGCGCUGCUAGCCCCAACGGAAGAAAGAAGGUUGAUUGAGUUAGACGAAGGCAUAGAGGCGUUAGAUGCUGCCAUUGAGUUUAAGAAUGAAGUCAUCGCAAGCAGACAGCAGGAACUACGAAAAGCAGGCCUUGCGACCAUUGAUGAAGUACUUUCAGCGAGGUUACAGUCACUCACAACUGCUGAUGCAACUGGCCUCCUUGUCAAGUACUUUGAAAAAGUUGUUCACCUCCGGGAGACAGACAAGAAGAAGGAUCUCGCCAUUACGGAGAUGGAGAUGAAGAUCGACGAGCAGGCUCGGUUGGUGCAAGAAUUGGAGAACACGUUGCAGCGAUCCACAUUGGAGCUGGACCGAAAACUGAUGGCCCAGCAGAAGCAACAUGAGCAGAGAGUUCAGAUGUUGAUCAGACAACAGGCCGAUGGGGACGGUGGGAACUUAAGUGCCUAUGAGAAGCAAAUAGCUGACUUGGAGAAGGACUUGUACUACUACAAGAAAACCAGCAGGGAGCUGAAGAAGAGACUGCGUCAGUUACUGGCUGAUGGUGUGCCCUCUACUGGACCCAAUGGAACAGGAAAUGAUGAGGUGGACAGGAGUCAAGACACUAGACCAGCUGCAACGCCCGUCAGAAAAUCAAGAAGAGAGGUCCGAGAACUGAGUGCUGCCGAGUUGUCCAUUCGCAGGUCAGGAGCUAGCCAAGCGUCAAUUGCUGCAGAUUCCAUCGAUAGAUCGCAUCCGAGCAACGGAUCUUCCUCUGUCAAUCCUUGGAAGUAAGCUGACCCUCGGAUGCAACUCUAGGUGCGUCAAGUAUUAUUCCUGUCUAGUUUUUUGCUGCCUGCUUUCAUUAUUUUUGACGCUGUACUUCCGUAACAUUUGUCACUGUUUGCCAUUCAACUCUUCAGUAGUGUGUUGUGUUAAUAGAUUGUACAGGUCCAGUAUGUGCAAAGAUCUUGUGACCGUAUUAACGGUUAGACAGCCAAACUUGAAACGUUUUCAAAGUCAGGCUUGUUCUGUAUUCUCUAAAAUAGCAAAUGUAUCUCAUCAUCUGUUUAUAAAACUCUAAAUGGUAUGAUAUGACCUGUAUCAAAAGUUUGAAGAAGAAGCUCUAAAUCUGUUUAACAUUGUCUAAAAUGUUUAACCUAAAUGGACCCAGUUUUCAUGAUUUGGACCUUGCGUACUCGACUUUGUUAUUUGUAAGAAGUCAUCGCUUGGUAGGAAGGCGUAAGGUGGAAUUAAUCACUGUCCCUGCUAACAGCCAACUGCGCUGUGAUAUUUGUUUGGACUUGAUCAACCAUCAUUCUGUGUACGAUUUGCAAGUAUUUGCGUCGAUGACCGCCUGAAAUAUGUUUCUGUCAGUUUGUCCUGAAAUGUCCUGGGUGGACUGGUAGUUUGCGUGUGGAGUGGGAUACUCCCAAAUCGGGUACAGUUUUUGUGGAACUGUUAUGCUCACUGUUUUAACGAACCAGACAGUAUUAUUUCGUCAAAAGUUUUCCUUCCAGGAUGCCACGCAUUGCACGUUCCUUUAGGUCAGAGUUUGGCUUUCUUUUGCUCCGCAGUGAAAUUGUUUCUUACAAUUUGGGGUUGUAAAAUAUGAAACCGAGCCUUGUUGAGCUGAAUGAGUUCACCUGCAACUUGUUGCAUGUUUUUUUCGAUGCUAUGAAUCUGAAUGGUGCCACCAUGUCAAACAUGUUAACCCCACAGACUACUUGUGGAGGAAAGCCAUUGCAGUAAGAUGCCUUGCUUAGGUACGCUGGCAGUCAGGCCACCUAACUAGACAAACAGCCAGGUCACCCAGCAAUAGACCGAAACCCAUGCUGUCUAGUCUGGCAGGCAUUUUACCCAGCUAGCCUGUCAGCCAUGCACUGAAAUGUAAUCGUCACCUCAGAUGUUAAGUUCGCAAAUCGUUGGACCACGACGCUUUAUUACUUAAUUAAAAUGACUAUCUGUGUUACUCAUGCUACCGUGACAAAUUAUGACUCGGCGUUAUUACAGUAUCAUUUUUCAAAUGAAUCUUGAUGAUUGAUGGUUCCGGCACAGUCAAGUACUUAAACCCAUGUUUUAUCAUUUUAUGCAAAAUAAAAGAAUGGGAAGGGGUGGCAUAUAUUACACCUUUGAAUCGAGCUAUGAAUCUGAAACAAAAUCACCUCCGUUAAAAUACAAUCUUUGGAUUAAAUGUGAGUACCUACACACUCUUGUUCCAUGGUAAAUAUUGUGGUAUGAAGUUGUUUUAUGCAGCGACAUACAGAUUUUGAGCUGAAUUUCUUAUGCGCUGUCGAAUUCGGGGAGUGAGGUUGGCAUAAUGGUUCUUCCCUCGCCUUCCACAUCUGGGGGCUUAAACUGGCUCGGUUCAUAUAUGUAGAUUGGGUUUUCAGUCCUUACAUGAGUCCGUGGGUUUUCCCCGAAACAUUUAUCCGGGUUUUCCUCCCACCUCUAAAACUGAACAUCUCUUGUCUUUUUCACUCAGUAUCAUCCUGUAAUUGGUGCUAAAUGCGCUGUUGGAUGAACGGAAAUAAAUGAAUCCUCAAAAUGCACUAUUAUGCGGGAGCCCAUUGUCACAUACUUUGUAAAUGAAGCGAUGAGGACGUUUGUAACUAGUCUUAUGCCAAGCAAUGGUGGAUUCUACCAUCUUCAGUCAGCUGCAAGACUUCUCCAGAACCUCUGGGUUGAAGUUGAUAGAUGUAGCAAGGGUUGGGUUGGCCAACAAUGUUGAAGUUGCACCGAAAAGUUUAACAUUUCUUGCUUUUUGUUUGUUUUGUAACUUAGGUCACUGAAUCGGUUUUUCCCUGAUUGUUAUGUCAAGUCAUUCAUUAACGGAUUAAGUGUGAAGCCUCUGCCAACCUCCUCCCCGACAGAUCCGAUUGCGUUAAUUGUAUUCUACCUAAUGGUAUUUAUAUAUAUAGAAAACUGAGUCUUUAAGAAUAUGUUUUGUGUUUUAACCAACUUGCUCAAACGUUUAUAUCUGUAUAUGACCUAUCACAGAAUCAGUCCGUCCAUUGGUUGAGGUCCAUCACUCAAUGUAGCAUUUGCUAUGCAUACUUAAUGUUAUUUGAUUCCACAUAUAGUGUGAAAAGACAUCCACUUUUAUAUCAAAGAUAACAUCCCAUGUUUUCCUUUUUCAGUGUGGUGUAUUUAUUUUGUGGGAUAAAUUUUACAUUUGAGAGAUGUAUCAUACACUGGAUUGUAAAUAAUGUGAGGCAUUUGGUUAUUUAUGUGAAGUGAACAGCACCUGGACUGAUUUUUGGAAAUUAAAGACUUUUUACACUUGUUGAUAGUGUCAUUGGACAGAAUA